CAGGAAGUGACUGACGUGCCUGAUAUCCAAUAGAAUGCCGGUCUGUCCUCCCCCUCUACGCUCAUUGGCUGAAAGCUGCAGAUGGGGCGGGGCUUGCAGGAUGCAACAGCUUGCUGAGGAAGUAGAGUGAUCCGGAGCAGGCGGCGAUGCUGUGACAUCACACGGCCGAGGCGUCCAAUGACAGCACUGGGAUCAUGGAUGCGUGUGGGACACCACACAGGGCGGACCAAUGAGGACGAAGGACAGCCAUGACGGACGGGGACGGGGCGGGACCACGGAGCAGGGGGGGAGGAGAGGGGACAGGGGGCAGGUGGCGGUGAGACAGGCGGGGAUGGGUGAGACGGGGGGCGUGUCCCCGCUGCCUGUCUUCCUGUUCCCCUCUGAGCUGGUGUUCUACUGUGAACAGAGGAGCUCCCACAGGAGAGUGCUGACCCUGUACAACCCCUACAGCUUCAGCCUCAGCUUCAAGAUGUUGUGCACAGCUCCCUCUCUGUACAGGGUGGUGGAGGCAGAGGGGAGCGUCCGAGCUAAAUCCUGUGUGGACCUGGUGGUGCGUCACCUGGAUGUCUCCCCCGGCAACUGGGGCCGCAGGGACCGCUUCCGUCUGGAGGUGAGGGGAGGAGGUCAGGUGGGAGGACGGGAGAUCUGGGCCGAGCUGAGAGGAGGAGGGGGAGAGGAAAAGGGAGGAGGAGUAGAGGAAGAGGAAGAGAGGAGGAGGAGGAAACAACGAGGGGAGGAGAGGAGGACAGGAGGCCAGCAGAGGGCGCUGUCUGCUCUGUCUCCUCUGCUGGUGCCCACACACACACACCUGCAGCUGCCCACCUGCACAGGUGUGCGCAGUCUGUCUCAGUGGGUGGUGUGUGUGGUGGUGGGGGUGCUGUGUGUCGCAGUGUUGAUGCUCCCCCUCCACACUGAGAGCAGCUCUGUGGUUCCACUCUGCCUGCACGUCUCCACCAAUCUGAAGCUGGUCUGCGCCUACACACUGGGUCUUCUCACCAUGGUGUUUCUACGGUAACCGGUGACAUCGUGCUGCCGCCUCCUCUUCUGUCUGAGUGAUGGCGCCGUGGCAACCAAGGACCCUGAUGACCUUUGACCUCCAUGCUGUCCAUCAGAUACACACAGACUGUCUCCAUGAAGUCAACACACACACACACACACACACACACACACACACCUGAAUGAGUCAUCAGUGACUGUUCAACAGAGUCAGAUGGAACUUUAUUUAAAACAGGAGACACACACAGUCAACCUGCAGGUCGAGACCAUGAUGACGUCUUCAGAUGGUCGUCCUCCUCAGGUGGACGUCUUAGGUGAUGGUCAUCUUCAGGUGGACGUCCUCAGGUGAUGGUCGUCCUCCUCAGGUGGUCGUCCUCAGGUGAUGGUCGUCCUCAGGUGAUGGUCGUCCUCCUCAGGUGAUGGUCGUCCUCAGGUGAUGGUCGUCCUCCUCAGGUGGUCGUCCUCAGGUGAUGGUCGUCCUCAGGUGAUGGACAUCUUCAGGAUCAGUCAGAUGGAAAAAACACAUUUCUGACUUUAAUUUUAAUUGUUUUGCUUCGUUGUUGUAAAAAUACUUUUAUGUUUCCUGCUCAUUAAAUGUUUGUUGCUGA